AUGACCCAAAAUGGAGUUUUUGCAGAGAUCAUUGAAGGGGAGGUCUUCAAGUACUACUCGGAAGGAGAGUGGAGGAAAUCUGUCUCGGGGAAGUCGGUGGCUAUCAUCAACCCAACUACAAGAAAGACUCAGUACAAAGUUCAAGCCUGCACACAAGAAGAGGUGAACAAGGUAAUGGAAAAUGCAAAAGCCGCGCAAAAAUUGUGGGCAAAAACCCCACUUUGGAAGAGAGCAGAGCUCCUUCACAAGGCAGCCGCCAUUCUGAAAGAACACAAAGCCCCGAUUGCAGAGUGUUUAGUAAAGGAAAUUGCAAAACCAGCUAAAGAUGCUGUAACCGAGGUUGUAAGGUCUGGAGAUUUGGUCUCUUACACUGCUGAAGAAGGUGUUCGCAUUUUGGGGGAAGGAAAAUUUUUGGUAUCCGAUAGUUUUCCUGGAAACGAGAGGACCAAGUACUGCCUUACUUCAAAGAUUCCACUCGGUGUGGUUUUAGCCAUUCCACCGUUUAACUAUCCUGUCAAUCUUGCUGUCUCCAAAAUAGCACCCGCUCUGAUUGCCGGGAACUCACUAGUUCUUAAACCUCCAACUCAGGGUGCUGUGGCUGCCCUCCAUAUGGUGCAUUGCUUUCACCUGGCGGGUUUUCCCAAAGGCGUUAUCAGCUGUAUCACAGGAAAGGGUUCUGAAAUUGGAGAUUUCUUGACAAUGCAUCCCGGAGUGAACUGUAUAAGCUUCACUGGUGGGGACACUGGUAUUGCAAUCUCGAAAAAAGCGGGCAUGGUCCCGCUACAGAUGGAGCUUGGAGGAAAGGACGCCUGUAUUGUGCUCGAGGAUGCUGACAUAGAUUUGGCAGCAGCAAAUGUUGUCAAAGGAGGAUUCUCUUACAGUGGUCAGAGGUGCACUGCGGUUAAGGUUGUCUUGGUGAUGGAAUCCGUUGCUGAUACUCUCGUCGAGAAGGUGAAGGCGAAAGUGGCGAAACUAACGGUUGGGGCACCCGAGGAUGACUGUGACAUCACUCCCGUCGUUUCAGAAUCAUCAGCGAACUUCAUCGAGGGGUUGGUCACAGAUGCAAAAGAAAAAGGAGCCACUUUCUGCCAACCAUACAAGAGGGAGGGCAACCUCAUCUGGCCCUUGUUGCUAGACCAUGUGAGGCCCGACAUGAGGAUCGCGUGGGAGGAGCCAUUCGGGCCAGUUUUGCCCGUUAUCAGGAUCAAUUCUGUCGAAGAAGGAAUCCACCAUUGCAACGCUAGCAAUUUCGGCCUCCAAGGAUGUGUCUUCACGAAAGACAUCAACAAAGCCAUACUGAUCAGCGACGCCAUGGAGACUGGAACCGUGCAGAUAAACUCAGCACCAGCACGAGGACCCGAUCAUUUUCCUUUCCAGGGCAUCAAGGACAGUGGAAUUGGAUCACAGGGCAUUACAAACAGCAUUAACAUGAUGACCAAAGUCAAGACUACUGUCAUCAACCUGCCAACCCCAUCUUAUACUAUGGGCUAACAUUAUGCAGUUAGCAUCAUGGCAAUAAAAGUAGCUAAUAAUCUGUUCUGCAUUUUAGAUCAAGAAACAAUUUGUUUUCCCUGAUUUUUCACCACUUUGAACCUAUAAUAUUGCAGUGUUGGAAUGAGAAUAAGUUAGGGUGUUCACUAUCUAGUA